AUGGUACCAAGGGAGAGUAAGUUUGUGGCAACAUGGCUAAACACAACCAAGAAGGUCAGAAUUGCCAAUAAAUACUGGACCCGUUAUGGUACCUCCUUCAGGAAAAUGGUGAAGAAGAUUGAAAUAAGCCAGCACGCCAAGUACACUUGCUCCUUCUGUGGCAAAACCAAGAUGAAAAGACGAGCUCUGGGGAUCUGGCGUUGUGGUUCCUGCAUGAAAACCGUAGCAGGUGGUACCUGGACCUACAACACCACUUCUACUGUCACAGUAAAGCCGGCUAUCAGGAGACUGAAGGAGUUGAAGGACCAGUAGAAGCACCACCAUUUGAAACGUUGCUUACUUAUAAUAAAUGGGUUAAUUGAUAUAACAAUAAACAAAACAACAACAAAAAGAAUAUAUAGCAACUGGCCUUGAAAGACAUACUAGCUCUCUGGAGCACAGGGCAAGCAAACUUACUGCACAUUAUAAAAAAAUUAGAUUCCCUAAGCUUAGACUUCCUGUCCUCUAACUCACCUCACUGCAUGUGCAGGUGUCACCUAGCCCUCUUCUCAGGGUCACGUGAGAACUGGGGCUGACGCCCUGCUGACACUCUGGCUACUACUAUUGCCAUGAGUAGAAACCGUUUGUCUCUGAUCCAGGAGUUUUGUGUCUUCUGGCAUCCAUGAAACUGGCUGACCCAAGGCUGGCUCGCUUAUGGUCACGGUGACUUGCGUGUCUCUUCCCUUAUGACAGUGAACUGACAGACUGAUUUGCUUUUACCUGCUGGCAUUGUCAAUUCUGAUUCUACCAAGCUGAGGACCAGUUCCUGGCCUUGGGGAAUGAAUUAAUAGAGACAAACAAAGACCUUCUGGAAGACAGAACCAACAGUGGUGUUCUUAGAGAAUUUAUAUGAAAUCAGAUUGAAAGGGUUCCUUCUCUGGCCUUGCAUCAGUCAGAAUCCGAUCAGGAGGCAAAAACCACAGCAGGCAUUUUUGUGAAGAACUUAAUAUAAAGGAUUAUAAGCCAGGUUAUUAGAGAAGAGAAAAGGCAAAGAGGGGGCACCGGGGUUUCAUAGAGGUAAGAAUCAUGGCAGUCACGCCUAGGGCUGGGAUAACAAAAGUAAGAGGCUGGGAGUUUUUGAAACUUAGAAGCUUAGAGGAGGGCUCUGCUGAGCUGGUACUCAGACCUCUGAGGAGGGGAUGCUGGCCAGUUAAUGUGGGGGUCUCUGAACAGGGAGGGGUGGUAGUGAUCAGGCUGUUCAGGAAGCGUUGGGAACAGUUGCUGCUGCUGCUAGGAUGAAGAGUGUUUCGUGGUCAUGGUCACACUCGGGAACUGGAAGUAAACAACUUCCAAAUGUCCUCUUGCUGCCUCCUACCGACGGAACCAAACAGGAAGCCAGCUGGCAAAGAGGCAUGGCUACAGAGUGAUGCCCCAGCAUCACAGAACAGAGGAGGAUGGAAAGAACCAGCACAAGAUUUUUAAAAGCCUGUUUUGACCAAAGGUUGCAAAAUGAGAGAAGGAAAUAAUUUAUUACCUGGGGGCAGUUGGGAAAUUGCCUGAAGAGUCUCCAGCAUUAACUUGAACUUAGUAUCUUUCUCUAGGUCAGGGAAGGGAGUAGCCAUGGACGGCUGACUUGGAUGUCCUGUAUUAUUACUUGGUACUGUGGGCAAUUACCUGGCCUAUUUUGUGGAGUACGCUGGAUGGAAAAUGUUCAUAUGAUCCAGGGAGAUAGGCCCACUGGCAACUGUAUUAGAUUGCAUACAAUUUUAUGGGCUUGUGCAAAUUCCCAUAUCUGCCCACACCUUGAUAAAGACUCAUACCUUUUUAAGAGAUAGAAAACCACAGAUGUUUGAGUAUAUUUCACCCAUAAUUUGUGGUCCACAUGACUUCAUUGUAUAUGAGCUGAUUUAUAAGCAGUAAAGUAUAAUGCAAACGACAAGUGGUAUUUAUUAUUUGUGUUCUUUCUGGUCCUUGGCGGAGUUCCAGAGAGGUUUCUGUAUCCCAGGGAGGAUUUCAGAGGAAAUAAAUAGAACAGAGAGCAAAAGCUCAGAACUUAACAAAAUUAACAGAGCAGUUUUACAGUUUUAAGAUUUGGUAUUUAUAAAUAACGGCCCUCCUGACAAUUCUUUUUUGAAGUCAGAAUUUGGACCCAGAUAACUUAGACAUACAUCUCCAUAGAGGUAUUUAAAACAGCAGUGACUGACUUUGACUAUGUAAGUAUUUGAAAGUUUAAUAAUAGACAUGCUUUUCAAACUCCAUUUAUUUUUUAUUUUUUAAAACAAUUUUAAAUGUUUAUUUAUUUUUGAGAGAGAGAGAGACAGACAGAGCGUGAGUAGGGGAGGAACAGAGAGAGGGAG